CCAAACAAGCCAGGCUGCAGUUCCACACGGAGCCUCUGGGCGCCGCUGUCGGCCAGUGCAGAGCAAGCGCCUACGCCCGGGAUCCCUCAGCCUCUAGUCUGGAAUUUCCUGCGCAGCCACCACCACACGCAGAAGGAAACCCGCUCACUCGCAGAGGCCACACACAAGGGUUUCCAGCCCCGACACUGGGCUGCGCUGAUCCUGGACCCGAAUGCUCUUCCGCUGCGGUAGACCGCACUGUCUCCAACCCUGAAGGCAGCGACCCGGUGAAAACCCGAGCGAGCCAGCGAGCCAGGGAGCGAGCCAUGGGAGGGAGCUGCGCGCAGAAGCCCCGCACCCGCCGCGGCCAGGUACUGUUGCCCUUCCUGCUGCCUUUGUUCUAUCCCGCGCUCUGCGAGCCCAUCCGCUACUCCAUUCCCGAGGAGCUGCCCAGGGGUUCGGUGGUGGGGAACCUCGCCAAGGACUUAGGGCUCAGCGUGCUGGAUGUGGCGGCUCGGAAGCUGCGAGUUAGCGCAGAGAAGCUGCACUUCAGCGUGGACGCGGACAGCGGGGACUUACUUGUGAAGGACCGUAUAGACCGCGAGCAGAUAUGCAAAACGAGAAGAAGAUGUGAGUUGCAGUUGGAAGCCGUGGUGGAAAACCCUUUAAAUAUUUUUCAUAUCGUUGUGAUGAUUGAGGAUAUUAAUGACCAUGCUCCUCAAUUCGAUAAAAAGGAAAUACAUUUAGAAAUUAUUGAAUCUGUAUCCGUUGGUGCCCGAAUAUCCCUUGACCCUGCUACUGACCCCGACAUAAAUUUAAACUCAAUUAAAGACUAUCAGAUAAGCCCUAACCCUUAUUUCUCAUUGAUGGUUAGAGUGAAUUCCGAUGGUGGCAAAUUUCCAGAGUUAUCUCUCGAGAAACCCCUAGACAGGGAAGAACAGAGCUCUCAUCGCUUGAUACUGACUGCGUUGGACGGAGGGGACCCUCCACGAAGUGCCACCACUCAAAUAGAAAUAUUUAUAAAGGACACCAAUGACAACUCCCCGGUGUUCAGCAAAGAUGAAUACAGAAUCAGUGUGAGUGAGAGUUUACCCCCAGGAUCCCUGGUGUUGCAAGUAACAGCCACUGAUAAGGAUGAGGGGAUCAAUGCAGAGAUAAACUACUACUUCCGAAGCACUGCCCAGAGCACAAGACACAUGUUCUCAUUGGAUGAGAAAACAGGUAUGAUUACUAAUAACCAGUCAUUGGAUUAUGAAGAUGUAGAACGAUACACUAUGGAAGUGGAAGCCAAGGAUGGAGGUGGUCUUUCUACCCAGUGUAAGGUCGUCAUAGAAAUCCUAGAUGAAAACGACAACAGCCCAGAAAUAAUCAUCACUUCUCUUUCUGAUGAGAUUUUGGAGGAUUCUCCUCCAGGAAUGGUUAUUGCCCUCUUCAAAACGCGGGACCGGGAUUUCGGAGGAAAUGGAGAAGUCAAGUGUGAUAUAGAAAGAGACCUUCCUUUCAAGAUCUAUUCUUCUUCUAAUAAUUAUUACAAGUUAGUGACAGAUAGAACUUUAGACCGAGAGCAGGACCCAGAGUACAAUGUCACCAUCACCGCCACGGACAAAGGCAAACCGCCCCUUUCUUCCAGGACAGUUAUCACCCUUCACAUCACUGACGUCAAUGAUAAUCCUCCAGUUUUCAACCAGGCCUCUUACAUGGUCCAUGUGGCUGAAAACAACCCUCCUGGAGCCUCCAUCGCGCAAGUUAGCGCCUCUGACCCGGACCUCGGACCUAAUGGUCAAGUCUCCUACUCCAUCGUAGCCAGUGACCUGGAGCCAAGGGCGCUGUCCUCCUACGUAUCCGUGAGCGCUCUCAGCGGGGUGGUGUUCGCACAGCGCGCCUUCGACCACGAGCAGCUUCGCUCCUUCCUACUGACGCUGCAGGCCCGCGACCAGGGCUCACCCGCGCUCAGCACCAACGUGAGCCUGCGUGUGUUGGUGGGGGACCGCAAUGACAACGCGCCUAGAGUGCUGUAUCCUGCGCUGGGGCCCGAUGGCUCCGCGCUCUUCGAUAUGGUGCCACGCGCCGCAGAGCCCGGCUACCUAAUCACAAAAGUGGUGGCAGUAGAUGCUGACUCGGGACACAAUGCCUGGCUGUCCUACCACGUGCUGCAGGCCAGCGAUCCCGGGCUCUUCAGCCUAGGGCUACGCACCGGCGAGGUGCGCACUGCGCGUGCCCUGGGCGACAAGGACGCUGCCCGCCAGCGCCUUCUAGUAACUGUUAAAGACGGUGGGGUACCACCCCUUUCAGCUACCGCCACGCUGCUUCUGGUAUUCGCCGAUAGCCUGCAGGAGGCACUGCCAGACCUCACCGAUCAUUCUGUCCCCUCUGACCCCCAGGCUGAGCUGCAGUUUUACCUUGUAGUGGCCUUAGCCUUUAUUUCUGUGCUCUUCCUCCUCGCUGUGACUCUAGCCAUCGCCCUUCGCCUGCGACACUCCUCCAGUCGGGCUUCCUGGGGCUGCUUGCAGUCUGGUCUCUGUUCUAAGAGUAGACCAGGGGUUUCUCUCGACUACACCCAGGGGACUUUGCCUUAUUCCUAUAAUCUGUGCGUUGCGCAAACCGGAAAAGCAGAGUUAAAUUUCCUAAAAUGUAGUGCGCCCUUGCAUUCCACUCAAGACGUAGUUUGCAGUAGUUCUUCUGGGGCCUUAGUUCACGUUGGGGAUGAAUUGACUUCACAUCCUGAGACUCUAACACUGGUAAGUUUCAUUUUUUAUCCUGCAUUAACUAUCAAAACAGGACUCCAACUGCACAAAGCCCCACAGUUCCUCCAAAUCGGCUUCUGGGCUGCUACGAAACUUAUACCGGAAUUUAAGGUGCUCAAGCUACAGAGAAUUCCUCCUGCAGCCACAGAAAGAAAAAGGAACCAGUUGAAAUACAUAACGUGUCCAGGGAAGAUUUGGGGAGAAUUCCGUGACCAGAAAACAAUGGCCGCUCCAAGCAGUUUCCCCGACUGCACCAAACUGGUUGUCUUCAGCCUUUUCCUGUGGAUGCCCUGGGAAUCCAGAGCCCGGCAGAUCCGCUACUCCGUUCCAGAGGAGCUGGACAAAGGCUCCUUCGUGGGGAACAUCUCCAAGGACCUGGGGUUGGAGCCCCGGGAGCUGGCGGAGCGCGGAGUCCGCAUCGUCUCCAGAGGUAGGACGCAGCUUUUCUCUCUCAACCCGCGAGGCGGCAGCUUGGUCACCGCGGGCAGGAUCGACCGGGAGGAGCUCUGCGCUCAGAGGCCGCGGUGUCUGGUGAGUUUUAACAUCCUUGUAGAAGAUCGGGUGAAACUUUUCGGGAUAGAAAUAGAAGUAACUGAUGUCAAUGAUAAUGCCCCAAAAUUCCAAGCAGAAAAUCUAGACGUUAAAAUUAAUGAAAACGUCGCUCCAGGGAUGCGUUUUCCUCUCCCGGAAGCUAUUGAUCCGGAUGUGGGCGUGAACUCCCUACAGAGCUACCAGCUUAGUCCGAAUAAGCACUUCUCCCUAGAAGUUCAGAGCGGCGCCAGUGGCGUCAAAUACCCCGAGCUGGUGCUGGAGCGUGCCCUAGAUCGCGAGGAAGAGUCCGUUCAUCACCUGGUUCUCACCGCCUCUGACGGGGGUAACCCGUCCCUAUCUGGUACUGUCCUCAUCACUGUGACAGUCUUCGAUGCAAAUGACAAUGCACCAAUCUUCACCCUGCCUGAAUACCGAGUGAAUGUCCCGGAGAACUUACCUAUAGGCACUCAACUGCUAACGGUCAUUGCCACCGACAAGGAUGAAGGAGCCAAUGGAGAAGUGACCUAUUCAUUCCGAAAAUUACUUGACAAGCAACUGUUGAAAUUCCAACUAAACAAAAAUACUGGGGAAAUAAAAAUAUCCGAAAAUCUAGAUUAUGAAGAAACAGGUUUCUAUGAAUUAGAAAUACAAGCAGAAGAUGGAGCAUAUCUUGCAACUGCAAAGGUAAUGAUUACAGUAGAAGAUGUAAAUGACAACAGCCCAGAGGUGACCAUCACGUCUCUCUUUAGUCCAGUGGCGGAAAAUUCACCUCUGGGAACUGUCAUAGCCCUAUUAAAUGUGCACGAUUUAGACGCUGGGCAGAAUGGAGCAGUAACUUGUUCCAUCUCAGGGAGUUUACCAUUUAAGUUAGAAAAGUCCAUUGACAGUUAUUAUAGACUGGUGACACACAGAGCCCUUGACAGGGAACAGGUUUCUUCUUACAACAUCACAAUAACAGCCACAGAUGGUGGAAAUCCCCCUCUAUCAACGGAAACUCACUUCACCCUGCAGGUGUCAGAUAUCAAUGACAACCCACCCACCUUCUCCCACAACUCCUACAUUACCUAUAUCCCAGAGAACAACGCCAGGGGUGCCUCCAUCUUCCUAGUUACAGCCCUCGAUCCAGAUAGCAAAGAGAAUGCCCAGGUUAUUUACUCUCUGGCUGAAGAUACCAUCCAGGGAGCACCAUUAUCCUCCUACGUAUCAAUCAAUUCAGACACUGGCAUCCUGUACGCACUCCGAUCUUUCGACUAUGAGCAGUUGCGUCAAAUGCAGAUGCAGGUGACUGCCAGCGACAGCGGGAACCCUCCCCUCAGCAGUAACGUGUCUCUGACCCUGUUCGUAUUGGAUCAGAACGACAACACCCCAGAGAUCUUGUACCCUGCCCUCCCCACAGAUGGCUCAACUGGCCUGGAGCUGGCUCCCCGCUCUGCAGAGCCUGGAUACCUGGUGACCAAAGUGGUGGCAGUGGACAGAGACUCAGGACAAAACGCAUGGCUGUCCUACCGCCUGCUCAAGGCCAGUGAGCCUGGGCUCUUCACAGUGGGUCUGCACACAGGUGAGGUGCGAACAGCAAGGUCCCUGCUAGACAGAGAUGCUCUCAAGCAGAGUCUACUAGUGGCUGUGCAAGACCACGGCCACCCCCCUCUCUCAGCCACCAUCACACUCACCAUCGCGGUGGCUGACAGCAUUCCUCAAGUCCUGGCAGACCUGGGCAGCAUCAAGACCCCCGCCGAUCCUGAGGAUUCAGACCUCACGCUCUACCUGGUAGUGGCGGUGGCUGUGGUCUCCUGUGUCUUUCUCGCCUUUAUCAUCGUGCUGCUGGCGCUCAGGCUGCGGCGCUGGCACGUGUCGCGCCUGCUCCAGGCUUCUGGAGACGCAUUGGCCGGCGCGCCCGCCUCUCACUUUGUGGGCGUGGACGGGGUGCGCGCUUUCCUGCAGACCUAUUCCCAUGAGGUGUCGCUCACCGCGGACUCUCGGAAGAGUCACCUGAUCUUCCCGCAGCCCAACUAUGCGGACACUCUCAUCAGCCAGGAGAGCUGUGAGAACAAGGAUCCUUUGUCUUUGUUAGAUGAUUCGAAGUUUCCUUUAGAAGAUCCCCGUUUGGCUCCACAAGCCCCGCCCAACACGGAUUGGCGUUUCUCUCAGGCCCAGAGACCUGGCACCAGCGGCUCCCAAAAUGGUGAUGAAACUGGCACCUGGCCCAACAACCAGUUUGACACAGAGAUGCUGCAAGCCAUGAUCUUGGCUUCCGCCAGUGAAGCUGCUGAUGGAAGUUCCACCUUGGGAGGAGGUGCUGGCACCAUGGGCUUGAGUGCCCGCUAUGGACCCCAGUUCACUCUGCAACACGUGCCUGACUACCGCCAGAAUGUCUACAUCCCGGGCAGCAAUGCCACACUGACCAACGCAGCUGGCAAGCGGGAUGGCAAGACCCCAGCAGGUGGCAAUGGCAACAAGAAGAAAUCCGGCAAGAAAGAGAAGAAGUAAUGUGGAGGCCAGGCCUAAAGCCAAGGGCAGCCUCCCUCCCCAACCAGCCCAGCUUCUCCUUACCUGUACCCAGGCCUCAGAAUUUCAGGGCUUACCCCCAGGAUACUGAUAGAGGCCAAGGCCAUGCUCCCCUCGGGAAACAGAAACAAGUGCCCAGUCAACACCUCCUCUCUCUGCCCCCAGGGGGUUGAAUAUGCAAAGGGAGUUCUGCUGGGAACCCCCAUCUAAUCAAUUGCUGUACCCAUGGGGGUUGUGGGGUUAGUGUAGACACAAAGAACCGUUUGCCACACCCCCUUCAGUUACAGCUGAACUCCUCCAUCUUCCAACUCAAUCAGGCCCAUCCACCCCACCUCCCACCUCCCUACCCUACCCCACUCUUUCAAAGUUCCUCUUUUGGUGGGAGUGUUGAGGUACCAGUUGACCUAAACAGGCUCAUUGUUCUGAAGUUGGAAGAGCAUCACGACCUCUUGGCCUCGCCUCAAAUCUUGGCCUCUUCUCAAUCUUCCCCAAAGCAGGGUUUGGUGCCAAAUCCUUUACCUUCUAGAGCCUGAGACCAAUGUCCAAGUUUGGGGGACACGGUCACCAUUCCCAUGGUACUGAUGCUUGCUGGAUUUAGGGAAGGCAGUUUGCCACCAAGCUUCUUCCCAGUGCCCUGGGGACCAAUCUUUUGUUUCUCAUUGUUUGAUGUUCCCACUGCAUGCUAUGACUUCCCUAGCCCUCCUCAAAUGAGAGACUCCAUUGCAUGUUUCCAGAUUGUAGGGGUUGGUAGGCUAAAGAAGGGAAGUGUGUGUAUAUGGAUGGGAUGGGGGAUGGGCAAAGCUUGGCCCACCAGUUAACAGGGGCUUGCAGGAGGCUCUGCAUAUCCCCAGGGUACUGGCCAGAUCCCCAGAUUCCAGCUAUAAACAAGUACCAGGCUGGAAAUCCAAACCCUCCCCCCCUCCCAUAUAGGGUUCAGCCCAGGCAGCCAGCUGUGGGCUGUGCUAUCAGGACCAAUGGAUUUAAACUGGCAUUUCAGUCCAAGGACGCUCUGAAUGGAUUUAGUACCAGGUCUCCUGGAGAGGAAAGAGGGGCCUCUGUGGGUGCUGGGUACUCCAGAGGUGCCUCUGGUGGGUCAGUGGAGCCCCAGCAGGAAGAAUGGCCCAGCUAGGCCAUUCUUGGUCCCUGGGUCGGUAGCAAGGAGCUAGAGCAGGGACCAAGUGGACAGAAAGCCUCAACGCACGAAAGGGCUUCUGUGCAGGGCCCCUGCGCUCCUCAAGCCUGGUCCUUCACCUUGCCAGGUGCCGGUUCUUCUCUGUGAAAGCCUCUGCCCAGGGCCCCAGUCCGCCCCCUAGUGGCCAGAGACUGGUUAAAGUCCCCCAGUGCCUCCUUGUGCAUAGACCUUCCUCUGCCCAUCCGCUUCUGCCCCUGUCGUCCCAUUCAUCCAGAGGGGCUGCAAGAGACCCUACCCCAGCCCUUACAGUAGUGUAGAGCCCCCUCCUUUGGCUGGUGUAGAAUAGCCAAUAGUGUAGUGCGAUGUGCUUUUACGUGAUGAUGGCGAGUGGGCAGCGGGCGGGGGCUGCGCGCAGCCGUCUGUCCUUGAACUUGCCUGCGGCGGCUCGUACUGUGUUUUGUGCUGUGUCCACGCGCUGCGGUGACCCCCUCCUCCCGUACUGACGCCUUCUAUAAACGCUUCUCUUGGCAUAGUCACGUAGCUCCCCCCAUUCCCUUCCUGUAUCUCACGCAAGUUUUAUACUCUAAUAUUUAUAUGGCUUUUUUCUUCGAAAAAAAAUAAUAAAAAGGUUUCUUCUGAAAGGC